GUCAUUCACGCGAAGUCGAGACCAGAGAGACCUUGGCAUCGAGGUGCUUACCCUCACGCAACGCAUAACCACCACCAUCAUGACAUUAGCAAAUAAAGUCGUCCUGCGCUCCAAAUGCGUCGUUCUCGGCAACCCCGGCUCAGGGAAAAGCGCACUCGUGCAGAUGUUUCACUCGGAUGGGUCGCAGUAUCCUAAGACGUACGCCAUGACAAUCCACUGCGAUGUGUGCGUCAAAGUCGUCAACAUCCCUGACACGGACGUUUCCGUGGAGCUCUUCAUCCACGAUGUCGGCGGGCAUGAUGCCUUUCAGGAAAUGUGGCCCCGCUAUAUCGAAUCCGCCACAACCUUCGUCCUCGUCUACGACGUAACUUCCCUUGACUCCUUCAAAGCGCUCCCCAAAUGGAUCCACCUCGCCCAACAGCGCAUCAAGCACAUAUCCGGCAAAACGCCCACAACAACAACGAAUAGGGAGAUCACGGGUGUCGUGGUGGCAACCAAGACCGACCAGACGUUGCGACGCGUUGUGAGCCGGAAGCAGGGGGAGGAGGCGGCGAGGGGGUUUGGGUUGGCUUAUAUGGAGUGUUCGGCUGCAACAAACACAGACGUAGAUGCACCCUUCUAUUUUCUCUCCGCGGCCUUCCACGAGCAGUUCGAGGGGGUUGUCAAGAGUCUUGUGAGGUUCGCUGCGUAGAUCAGAUCAGAUCAACAUCAACCCAUGCAUAUAAGUAAAAUAUCCGCAUUGCAAUACGAUCC